AUGGCAGACACAAACUCGCAAAAGUCACACUCCAACAUAGAACGACUAUCAGCGUCCCUACUGACACGUACACCAUGUAGUUGCGGUCUGCUUCAACCCAAUGGAUCCACGCCCACGCCUAAAUACGACAUAUGGAUACGGCCCAGACCGAACACUGAAUGGCAAAACACUGAGAACCAGGCGUUCGUCGACUAUACUCAAUUCGACAAUGUAUCGCUCGACGAUGAGGAUGACGAUGCCUCUGACGAUGAAGAGGGGCAGACCGAUAGCUCUGAUGAAUUAUCCGAUGCCGAGGAAAGUGACAAUGAGAGCGAAGCCUCGACUGUCCCGGGCUACCGGAUGAAGACGUGCUGGGAACCGAUCACGUUUCUGCUUGUCAGCUACCUGCCUCAGUACAUCAAGAGUCACGAAUCGGACGCCCAGAAACGAUUGAGACAGUUCUUCAAGACAGCCACAAUGGGGGAGUUGGAGGGCGGCGCAGGAGAAACAAAAGAAAGCCGGAUACUGCUGGAAGACAGGAACUACUCUACGAAGAGCUUUCGACGAUACCCUAGAUCAAUGACUCCAAAGAAGCUUUACAGUGCUCUGCGAAAACAGAGAUACCCAGCCACGAGCUCAUCGAAGCCUGCGACUGCCGCGCCAAAAUCGUGGACAAAAUCGGAAGAUUGUCAGGUCGAGACGCGCAAACUCCAUGUAUCGAACCUGAAUGAAUGGAGCGCUUUGGUGCUGGCAGCAACCGCAAGCCCAACACAAGCCCCUGUCUUGUUCGAUUUCAUCGACCAGUACCUCAAGUUCGAAACAUCGAUCUCUGUUGACCCUAAUCCGUACCUCUCACGCAUGACGUUAUGUUUUCAGCUCCCGUUCUACACGUUUAGAGCGCGUCAGUACACAGAUAGCCGACAAGAUCACGAAGGCAACCCGCUACGGAAGUCUUUUGAGCUUCCAUACGGCUGGACUGCCUAUGCGUUUGAGGAUACUUAUUACAAGACCCGCGAGUCUUUACGGGAGCUUGACAUCUUCUGCUCAAAACCAGGUUUAUAUUUCCCUGAUGCAUUUACUGCAGGAAAUCUCGACUCGACCUGCUCCCUCGAACCAAGGGAGUACUUCCUCAGGGUAUUACAAGUCAGGAUCGAUCAGGCGUAUCGAGAGUGGCAGGGUGUGGUAGAUAAUGUUGAAGAGGUAGUGAAAAGCAAUCGCGACGAACGGAUACUACUACAACAGCGCUACUCCAAUUGGAUCAGCGAUAUGAUUGCUAUCAUUUCUGACCAGUCCGGCCAGCUUUCAAAAACACUCACCGCCUGGGACGAAUUCGAAAAGCGAUGUCCAAAAUACUUUCCCGAAAAAGCUCGCUCGCUCUUGGAGACCAGUAUUGGUCACACAUUCUCCAAGAUCAGGAUCCUGAAAGAUAAGCUCGAUAGCCUGAGCAAAGAGAUCUGCAACGAUCAAAGCACACUCAGUGCUCACCUGGCAGUUGAGAACACCGGGACGGCCAAAUUUGUUAGGGUUCUCAAUGUGAUUUGUUUUCUGAUGAUGCCAAUGGCUCUGAAUAUUGCUUUGUUCUCUACCCAGCCAGGUGUUUUGCCAUUCCAAAUGACCUUCAUCGCCUUCGUCACAUCUUUCUUUGUCCUUGCCUUACUUGUCUGCAUGGUCUGGAGAAGACCAAACAAGCGAAACAAGGGCCACGAGUACCGGUGUAGAUGGGAGAAGCAGCCGGAUGGACGCAGCACCGUCCCGUCCUAG